UUCAUGGUGGAAUUUCUAAGAACUUUUAUUUUGAAGUCGGAUUUGUGGGCGUCACACUUUCACAGGAAGUAACCGCCCCCUUGUUAGUGGAUGUUUUUGAGUUUUGCACUCACGUUGUAUACAUUUUUCUGUGAAUUAUAACCCAGAGGAUUUCUUACUGAAGAUCCUUUAUCUGUAAGGUGAUGAUACGGCGUCCCAAGCCCACUGACUCGGAGGCUGACCUCCUACAAGAGCAGGAGAGGUUUCUUGCCUCGGGGACCCCAUCCACUGUCAAUGUGGUCCGACGGCCAGACAAGAGAUCAGGAGACUCCAAGGGGGCUCAAGGAGACCAGAGAGAUGUGGUCACAAUCCAAGAUCUUCCAGAUGAGCUCCCCACUCUGACUCCUGCACCUCCCAAAAAGUCUCGCCUCAAAGUCGAUCGUGUUCGUUUCGAGGAUGAGGACCCAGAGGAGAGGUUGGACAGACAUGACACGCACAUCAGUGCUGUUCUCUCUAAGAUCAUUGAAAGGGACACUAGUACUACACCAGUGUCCUUACCAGCAUUCACAAGCCUUGCUUUUCCUAAAGUAUUACACCGGCCUGAGAUGGAGAGCAUGGUUCCAGCUGCUGGUGAAAAGAGGAGCAUUUUUGCCAGACAGAUUGCAGCACAGAGAAUAAAAGAGGGAAAUACCCCUUUAUACUUUGCACCAGCAUCCAGGGGUCAAACAUCUGGACCCAAGGUGCUGAACCUCUCUCCAGAGUCCACCAUGGAGAUGGAUCAACCUCCCUCUAGACUUGACAGAUUCAGUGCAAUGGCGGGCCCCAGGCUGGUGUCUGGCCAGGGACUUGGUGGGUCAGACAGUACAGUAGAAAUGCUGAAGAUCCAACAGGAGAACCAGGCCAAACUACAGGCCAUGUCUAAGGGCGAAAUCCUGGAGGAGCAGAAAAGGCUGCUGGGUCAGCUAGAUCCCAGACUUGUUGACUUUGUAAGGUCUCGUAAGGCACAGGGAGCCCUAGCCUCUGCCCCACAGCCUUCCAACUCCCAGGAUGAGAGACGCAGGGAACAGCGUCUACAAGAAACCGUCAUGAUGCCAGAUCAGAAUCCUCGGGAGAUGGAGAGAGAGGAAGAUGAGGACGAACCGACCCCCCAACCGCCAAUGAAAGAGGAGGACCUGCCAGUCAAGCCUCAGAAGGAGUGGGUGCACAUGGACAAGCUGGAGCCAGAGAAGCUGGAAUGGAUCAGGGACCUGCCUGCCCCCAGACGGAAAGGAACCAAGCAGGCCAUGCAGGCUCGCUUUGACUUUGCCGGAACCUUGAUCCCGCCUACAGAGGACCUGCCCACCCACCUUGGUCUUCACCACCACGGAGAGGAGCCUGAGCUGGCUGGUUACUCCCUGCAGGAGCUCUUCCUUCUCUCUCGUAGUCAGGUGAUCCAGCAGCGGAGCCUGGCACUCAACACUCUGGCCCACAUCCUCACCAAGGCGCGGGCUGGCGAGUUUGCAGCCGCUCUCAGGGGCAGUGUGGUGUCCACUCUGCUGGAUGCUGGCCUUCUCUUCCUGCUGCGCUUCUCACUGGACGAUAAUGUGGAGGGAGUGAUGUCCGCCGCCGUGCACGCACUCCGAGCCCUCCUGGUGUCCUCAGACGACGAGGAUUGUCUGGACAGCACUCUCUCAUGGUUCCGUGGGCUGGCCUCUUUUCCUCUACUGCCCACUGCUCAGGAAGAGGAGGAUGAGGAAGACGAGGGGCUGCCUGAGGUCAUGAGAGAGACGGCUCAAGAGAAGGAAGAGAAGAAGACUGAUCAUGACGUGGCCAGGAAUGAUGUCGUUAAGGGUUUACUGAGGAUGAAGCUGCUUCCUAGGCUCCGCUACAUCCUCGAGGUGAUCCGCCCGUCACCCAGGGUGGUCCAGGACGUGCUGGGAGUCCUGAUCCGAAUCGCCAGACACUCCUCCUCUGCAGCCACUCAGGUCUUGGACUGCCCUCGUCUGAUGGAGACUGUUAUGUCAGAGUUCCUGCCCUGCUCCUGGACAGUGCCCGCCUCACCCACGCUCCAGUCUGCAUACGGACUGCCCGUGGCCAAUGCCAUGAAGCUGCUACGCGUCCUGGCCACCACUGGCAGGCACGCCUGUGCCAGGCUGCUGAACUCUCUCGGUGCGCGGGAGCGUCUGUCUCGUGUGCUUGCCCCAGAGCCCAGCGAGCUGCUGCUGGAGCCAGAUGAGGCCUUGAGGGUCAGCACUGAGGCCUACCGGCUGUGGGCCGUUGCAGCCAGCUACGGACAGGCCUGUAACCUGUACACGGACCUGUACCCCAUCCUGGUGAGAGUGUUGCAGUCUGCCCACCGGCCCUGGCGCCCCUCAGACCCCCUGUUGCCCCUGGAGCUCCACAGGCUCCAGGCCCUCCUCACUCUGCUCACACACGUCACACACACCGCUGGCUGCCAUCAGGAGCUGCAGGCUGGCCUGGUCAGUUCCCAGGGGGCCGAGUCUCCUCCCCCACCCCCGGUGACGUGGGGUCAUGUGACAGGUCUGCAGCCCACAGUGCUGGGGCUGCUGAAGGGCUGUGUGAGAACCCUGGGGGAGCCAGUCCAGAGGGAGAGCACCCUGAGACUGGUGCCGGCCUACCUUGUCUACAUGGGGGCCUUCUACUCCCAGCUCUCCAUCCAGAGCUCGUUCAAUCCAGUGGAGUGUCUGCAGGAGCUGGAGAUGCUGACCUCAGAGGUUCUUCUCCCUCUGCUGUCCCAUGAGGCUGUUCACAGCCUGAUUAACAACCUCAAGUGUAGUUCGGCAGUGUGUAACCCUCAGUCCUGCUGCCCCGGCCCUGAGACCAUCCCCAGUCUGCCUGGUCUGCACUGCGCCGGGUGGACGUCUGCUGGGGGUCUGCCUGGACCCAACUCCCCCUUCCCCCUCAUUACCUCCCUGUGCUACCUCCUGGACACCCUCACCAGCAUCCACAGAGGCCUGGUCCGCAAAUUCAGCUCCCUCCUUCUCUUUGAGGCUGUGCUAGGAUACCUGCGUGGCUGUGGCCAAGCCAAGCCCACCCUGUCUCACUGGGUCCUGCGUCAUGAACACCACCUGCUCUACCUGCUGCUGAGGCUGGCCUGUAGACUGGUUCCAACUGACCCAGAGGUGGCCAAGCAUGCUGCCCUGUUUCACCACGUGUCUCUGGUAAUGCUUCCCUGGCUAUUACCUGGCAGUGAAUACCUGGCCCAUGAACUCAUGGCCACCAUGGUCUUCAACAAAGACUUCAUACCAGAGGGUCAGAUUGGAGGGCCCGAGGCUGCAGAGAUGUCUGAGCUGCGGCUCCAGGAGUGCUCCGCCCCUCCCCUCCAGACCCUGGGUCCUCUGCUGAGGGAAGCCUGUGUCCAGCUGCCCUCUGUCCGGGGCUGCUACCUCUCCCACCUGGCCCACAUGGAGCCCUCUGUCCUCUCCUCCAGGGACUUCCACUUGGGCAGAACGCCCUGGCUCAACACCCAGCUCCUCCCAGAACUUUCUGGACCCUCCCUCCCCUCCGAUUGGCCCUUCCUGCCACUCGUCAGCCUGUACGAGCAGGCGGGUGCACCGGACGGAGGGGGCCUGCAGGUGGAGUCGCUCCCUGCGGGGGCAGUGCAGUCGGUCACACACUGCCUGCAGUGGCUGCUGCUGCUGGAGGUCUGGAGGGAGGAUGCCCUCAGGGUGGUGCUACCUGUAGCCAAACUGGCCCGUCUGGCUUGUAUCUUCCUGUGCUCCAGUGAUCUUUUCAUGGAGAGGCCUGUCCAGAGGCUGACCUGGGCUCUCUUCAGGCUGCUCACCAGGCCAUCUCAGCUGGAUGCUCUGGACCUCAACUCCCCUCCUACAGGCCUGGCCUCCUUCAAUGACCUCUAUUCUGCCCUGGUGGGACAGUUUGAGGCGGUGUCAUUCGGGGACCCCCUGUUUGGCUGCGUCAUCCUCCUGCCUCUGCAGAGGCGCUUCAGUGCCACCAUGAGGCUGACUCUGUUUGGGGAGCACGUGUGCCUGCUGCGCUCCCUAGGGGUAACACUGGAACAGCUGGCCGUCCCUAUGGAGAGGUUCACGUCACCCCCGGAGGACUCGCUCCCUCUGCUGCGCCUCUACUUCCGGGCGCUGGUGACAGGGACACUGAGGCUGUGCUGGUGUCCUGUGCUCUACGUGGUGGCUCUGUCCCACCUUAACACCUUCAUCUUCUCCCAGGACGCAGCGUCACAGCAGGUGGAAACAGCCCGUCGCAGCCUCCUGAGGAAGACUCACUACCUGACUGAUGAGGUGUUGAGGAGCCACCUGCUGCUGUUUAGGCUGCCCCAGAACGACGCUGAGCUGGGCUUCAACACUUACGACCAGCUGCCUCCCAUCCGGCAACGCAGGCUGGAGAGUGUUCUGGGGACCCAGGGGAUGAGCGAUAGCAAGGGGGAAUGAGGACAGAGAGGAAGGGGGGACAGAUCGUGGCUCUCAUUUGGAGCGCCGUGGUCAUGCCAAGGGUACCAGGUCCAAGAGGGCUUUACUGGAAACAGUGCAUAAGGAUAAAGAGAAUGCUGUAAAGGUGCCUGGAAUUGUUUGUCAAAACUGCGACUGUAUUUUGAAUAAAGAUGCUUUUGUAUGUCUAUGUAACUUCA